CCAGUUAAGAGGGACCGGCACAGUGCUUCCGGGAGCCGGGGGCAGCGGUCAGCACCCGCAGCCGCGGACACCUGUCGGGAAGUCUCGGACGUGAGGCCGGAGGCUCCAAUCCGUGCGAGUCCAGAUGCCAAUCCAGCCUCCAAGCAAAGAAACAGAAGAGAUGGAAGCAGAAGGUGAUUCAGCUGCUGAGAUGAAUGGGGAGGAAGAAGAGAGUGAGGAGGAGCGGAGUGGCAGCCAGACGGAGUCGGAGGAGGAGAGCUCAGAGAUGGACGAUGAGGACUACGAGCGGCGCCGCAGCGAGUGCCUCAAUGAGAUGCUGGACCUGGAGAAGCAGUUCUCGGAGCUCAAGGAGAAGUUGUUCAGGGAACGACUGAGUCAGCUGCGGGUGCGGCUGGAGGAAGUAGGGGCUGAGCGAGCACCCGAAUACACAGAGCCUCUAGGGGGGCUGCAGCGGAGCCUCAGGAUUCGCAUUGAGGUGGCAGGGAUCUACAAGGGCUUCUGUCUGGACGUGAUCAGGAACAAGUACGAGUGUGAGCUGCAGGGAGCCAGGCAACACUUGGAGAGCGAGAAGCUGCUGCUGUAUGACACCCUGCAGGGGGAGCUGCAGGAGCGGAUCCAGAGGCUGGAGGAGGACCGCCAGAGCCUGGACAUCAGCUCAGAGUGGUGGGAUGACAAACUGCACGCCAGAGGCAGCUCAAAGACCUGGGACACCCUGCCACCCAGCAAGAGGAAGAAGGCACCCCUCGUUUCUGGCCCCUACAUCGUGUACAUGCUGCAGGAAAUUGAUAUCCUAGAGGACUGGACGGCUAUCAAAAAGGCUAGGGCAGCCGUGUCCCCUCAGAAGAGAAAGUCAGAUGGACCAUGACCCUGCUGUUCACAGCCGAGGGGCCCCUCGGAGCAACUGGCACCAAACCCAGGAUUUGCGUUUUCUGCUGCAGAAAGGCAGACUGACAAGCCCCGCGGGUCUGCCCGGCCAGCCCUCCAGUGCUGCUGCUGGGCCCUCCCCUCCAGCCAACACUGGUCUGGACUCCUCCUCUGCCCCUCCCUGGGGCCUGGCCAUCUGUGGGCCACCCCAGCCAGGCAAGACUGUCUCCUCCAUCCCAGACCUGCCCCCUACCUCCCCCUCCUGAAGGUCAGCCUCCUUGGUCCCCUCCCUGACAAAGAAGACAUGCCUUGUCUUAAGCCAAAGCACAUCCUUCCUGCUGACCUUGGACUGGCCCCCCCCCCAUCACCGAGCCCUUGCUUCAUGGGAACUCUGAGCCAGAAAUUACAUUUUGGAGGCCUGUCUGUCCUGGCUGUUGCCGGUGGUGAGAAGGCAGGUUCCCCAGAUCUUCUCAAGAUGGUCCUUGGUGCCUGCCUCCCAGAUUGUGGGGACUGGAAUUAAAACCUUUCCUGGGACUCUA